AUGGCCUGCGUGUCUUGUCGCGAAAGCAAAGUCAAGUGUGACGGGGCCGAGCCAGCAUGCUCCAAUUGCGCCACUCGGAAGCGUGAAUGUCGGUAUCAAGCUGUUGAUAAAAGAAAACUUCCUUUACGCGUUGCAAUUGAACUGCUACUGAAUAGAGUGGAUCAGCUAUGCCACUUUAUCCAGGAUAACGGCCUAAAGCCUCCACGAAUGUCGGCAGAACGAGAUUUGGCACUGAGAAAUAUACUUGAGAUGCUGGGAUUGGCCGAGACAAAUACUUCUAUGACACAGAACGCAACAGAGGCACGGGUGUCCGAAUUUCAGGAUGCUCCUCCAGCGGCGAGACCAGCCGCAGUUUGCCCUUCUUCGAAACUCGAGCUCGAGAAGGCGAAGCUCCAACAAUGUCCCGAGAACCACCUCGGGGCGCACUCAGUGAGGCUUAGGCAGACCAAGAGUGUAACCGCUUUAGCAACCGUCGACAAUGAAAAUGCUAAUCUCGAUUACCUAAACUUGACUGACGCCAACCCGAUUGCUGAUUCGGCGAACUGUGACUGGCAACUAGGCCUUGACGCAGUGAACACACCUGUCUCUCCGCACGGCCAUGGCUUCAUUGACUCCUCGCCCCCAGAAGCUCCGUUGGGCACCGCGUUCAAAGAAUUAUCAGGCUCAUUGGAGCCCAUGAUCGCCGAUGACGAGAGGACACUGGUAGACGGUUAUGGCAGCGCAGAGGAUAUAGAAGGUCUUAUUGAUGAGCUUUCCGACCGAGUUGGCACUCUGCAAGUCGGGCCUGGGGGGAUGACACAGUUUUAUGGGCCGACUUCAACGUUCAACCUCGCCGAUAUGCUGAGCGCGACCUAUUCAAAGACACACUCCACGGCUCAGAGCGAUGCUUUGGAAUGCCUAACCCGUCUCGGCGCUAAGAAGAAGGUCCCCGCCGCUCUCGAAAAUCACUUAAUACACCUCUAUUUCUGCUGGCAGGACCCAUCCUUUCAUGUGGUAGAUCGGGUGAUUUACGACGAGGCAAUGGCUAAGUGGUACUCUAUGGAAGACACCUCUUUUUAUUCCGAAUCGUUGAGAAAUGCCAUGUGUGCGCUAGGUGCUUGUUUCGAGGCCCGUUAUCAUCCAGAUUUUGUCACAUUUCCAAAAUCUCUUGUUGAAUUCUUCGGCGAACGCGCAAAGGCCCUGCUUGAGAUGGAGCUCGACAGUCCCACAAUAGCAACUGUUCAAGCCUUGGUGAUUCUGAGCAACCUUGAGAGUGGGGGUGGAAGAGAUGCGCGUGGGUGGCUAUACAGUGGAAUGGCAAUCCGCCUUGCCUUCAACCUUGCGUUGCACCUUGAUAUGUCAUCUUACAUUUCAAGCGGACUUAUAACCGCGGCUGAUGCGGACUUACGCCGAACUGUCUUCUGGGCAGCCUAUACUGUUGAUCAUGAGCUAGGAUUUCAUCUUGGAAGACCUUUCUGUACAAACAUGGAAGACGUGACGGUAAAGCCCCACAGUGGCACCAGACGGCAUCAACACGGCGAAUGGACAGUGUGCGCGAGAGUCAAAUCACUCUCUGCGAGAUUAUGGCACCGUGCGGCUAUCUCCUGCAAAUAUGGAACCUCGAGUAUUUCCAAAGUGGUGCUCCAAGAACAGAAUGAAAAGACCGUUGCAAAGCUUCUCAACUGGAAAGAAUGCCUUCCUCCGGUCUUGCGAAUCGAUAUAGGGGACCAAAACACCCCGUACACUCCGCAAGUGAUGCUAUUGCACAUGCAAUAUUACCAAAGUAUGAUCUAUGCUCACCGACCCUGGAUGUCAAAAAGCCAUCUACAACCUCAACCCCCAAAGGGUCCGGGUCAUGGACAUGCUCGGGAGAUGUGUAUUCAGUCGGCUAUCUGCAUCGCACGGAUUUUGGAAAUGUACGAAUGCAGAUACACUCUUCGACGGAUUCAUACAAAAGCAGUUGCCAUUACAUCUUCUGCGGUCCUCCUGCUGCUCUUCGCUGCCGUGGCACAGUACUCUAAUGGACGGGAUAAUAUACUGGGCCACCUCAGCACGUGUUUUCGAGCUCUGGAUGAGUUCACUAUAAGCUGGCCGAGUGCUAGCCGUGCAAAAGACCUCUUGCUGCGGCUUCAACGGCGAUGGGAGGUACGCACACGUCCAAGCAAGAGGCAGCCCAAUCUAGACGAUGCUGCCUUUCCACUGACAAAGCCAUCACCAUCCUCGAUUGAGUCUUACGGCCCUUCCUCGAGAAGUCACGACACGCCGUCUGGCCACCAAAUCGAGCCGCACGGCGACAUCAGUAUAGAUGCUGAUAUUGACUGGAUGCUUAUGCCUGAUGAGCAAUGUCGAUCGGGUAAUCACGCUGCGGACCUGUAUUCCUUGCUCUCAAACCCGGCAAUGCAUCUGGAAGGAUGA